CGAAUUUGCCCCCCGCCCGAAGAAGAAGGAUGAUCGAUAUCGAGCAAGCGGCGACCGUGAGCAUUCUGUACGACGCGCUCCUCCAGCGCAAGAGCCUCUACUGCCACAGCAAGAUGCUUGUCGAGUCGAAGAAGCUCUUGGCGUGCAAGAAGGACAUUGAAGAGUGCCGGGAACGCAUUGAAGAGAUUGAGGACCAGCUCGGCGACAUUCACGUCGAAUGCUGCGACAAGGGCCCGGAAGCGUACGCGUCCAACCCGGAGGUCAAGACGCUCCUCGCAGAAAAGGAAGAAGAAGAGUCGCUCCUCAAACAAAUGAAUAGCGUCCUGGAAAGUCGCAAGAAGGCCAUGCGCAUUUUUCUCAAACACAAGGCCAUGCUCGACUCGAGUCGCAAGUCGUUGAAAAACCGACAACGGCGAAUUGUGGAAAAGGCGUACCGCACGGGCCUGUUGGUGUGCCAGUCGUAGACGUCCGGUGGUCCCGAUAAUUUAAUAUUUAAGCUUCACGUCGUCGACGGAGGCAGCCAUCACAUGCCGUGGGUUCGUGUGUCUCUUGCCAACCAUUUCACUCGCGGCGCCGGCUACUCGGUCUGAGCAUGCGCCGUGCACAUGUUGAACGUGGUGAUGUGUCUUCGC